CAGCCCGCUGUGGACGAUCCGUUCUGGAAUCAGCCAUAUUCCCAAAGAGCAGCCACACCGGCAGACAGCCCCAAACUACCGAAAACCCGUUCUCCGACCGGCGAACACGGUGCUAACGGCCGCUGCGGUCCGACCCGAGUCCGGCCCGGAGCUCCCGGUCAUGUUACCGAGUUGAUACACCGAGCUGAGGACCACCGGACGGAGUCGACGGUUCCUGAGAGGAAAGUCCAGAUUUACCGGGAUUAACUGCCGAUGUAGAGGACGGACGGACCGACGGCUCUCAACAGGACGGAGCGACGGUAACCGGCGGACACUCACCGACACACACCGACACACCGACCGCCUCUCUGCGCUGAAUGUCGGGAAUGUUCUCCCGGAGCUAACGACCUAGCCGCGGUGAGCUCGGCAGCACUCGGCGGCACUCGGCGGCACUCGGAGGCUGGGCGGAGGGAUACGCUGUGUGGCGGUGGCGGGGUCGGUCAGCGGUUUCUGAGCGCAGCGGCGGCGACUGUCCCGGGUCAGUAUGUCGGCUCAGGUGCGUCUGAAGCGCCUGGAAGAGCUGCUGCUGGAGCAGAAGAUGGCAGGCUGUCUGAGCGUGGAGGCGCUACUCGACCUGCUGCUCUGCUUCUACACUGAGGUCUCCCACUCCCCCCUGAAGCGGGAGAAACACGUCACCGACUUUCUGCAGUGGGUGAAACCAUUCACUACGACAGUGAAGGACAUGCGGCUGCACAGAGAUGACUUUGAGAUGCUGAAGGUGAUUGGACGAGGAGCUUUUGGAGAGGUUGCCGUGGUGAAGAUGAAGCACACAGAGAGAGUUUAUGCGAUGAAGAUUCUCAAUAAGUGGGAGAUGUUAAAGAGAGCCGAGACAGCGUGUUUCAGAGAAGAACGUGACGUCCUGGUGAAAGGAGACAGUCAGUGGAUCACUACUCUACACUACGCCUUCCAGGACGACAACUACCUGUACCUGGUGAUGGAUUACUACGUGGGGGGGGACCUGCUCACUCUGCUCAGUAAGUUUGAGGAUCGUCUUCCUGAAGAAAUGUCCAAGUUCUACGUCGCUGAGAUGGUGCUCGCCAUCCACUCCAUCCACCAGCAGCACUACAUCCACAGAGACAUUAAACCAGAUAAUGUCCUGCUGGACGUCAACGGUCACAUCCGGCUCGCUGACUUUGGAUCUUGUCUCCGUAUGAUGGAGGACGGCACGGUGCAGUCCUCCGUGGCAGUGGGCACUCCAGACUACAUCUCCCCAGAGAUCCUGCAGGCCAUGGAGGAUGGGAUGGGCCGCUACGGACCGGAGUGCGACUGGUGGUCUCUGGGGGUCUGCAUGUACGAGAUGCUGUACGGAGAAACGCCGUUCUAUGCUGAGUCCCUGGUGGAAACCUACGGCAAGAUCAUGAACCACGAGGAGCGGUUCCAGUUCCCGUCCCAUGUGUCCGACGUCUCUGAGGAUGCCAAAGAUCUGAUCCAGCGCCUGCUGUGCUCGAGAGAGCGUCGACUGGGUCUCAACGGGAUCUCCGACUUCAAGAGCCACCCGUUCUUCAGCGGGAUCGACUGGGAUAACAUUCGGUCCGCAGAGGCCCCCUACAUCCCCGACGUGUCCUCGCCCACCGACACCUCCAACUUUGACGUUGACGAUGACGUCCUUAAGAACCCGGAGAUCAGCCCUCCAGUGUCCCACACUGGUUUCACUGGUCAGCACCUCCCCUUCGUCGGCUUCACCUACACCACCGACAGCUGCUUCGCCGACAGUGGCUCCGUCAGCCGGUCGGGGAUUGGCCUGCGGCAGGAGGAAGAGGGGGAGGGAGGAGGAGGAGGAGGAGGGCAGGAGGUGGAGGCGUUUGAAAGGAGGAUCCGCCGACUGGAGCAGGAGAAACAGGAGCUGAACCGCAAACUGCAGGAGUCGACCCAGGCCCUGCAGGCUCCUGCUAGAGGAGGGACUCUGACUCGAGACAAAGAGAUCAAGAAGCUGAAUGAGGAAAUCGAACGGCUGAAAAAGAAACUGGCAGACUCUGAUAGGCUGGAGCACGAGCUGGAAGAGGCGGUCACUCUCAGACAGGACUACGAGAGCUCCGCCUCCAAACUGAAGACUCUGGAGAAGCAGGUGAAGACGCUGAGACAGGAGAAAGACGAAGUCCACAAACAGCUGGCCGACUCUCUGGAGCGCCUGAGGAGUCAAACGAAGGAGCUGAAGGAGGCGCACUCUCAGAGGAAGCUGGCCCUGCAGGAGUUCUCGGACCUGUCUGAGAGGAUGGCUGACCUCCGCUCCUCCAAACAGCGUCUGUCCCGCCAGCUCCGGGACAAAGAGGAGGAGAUGGACGCCCUCCUCCAGAAGAUGGACGCCAUGAGACAGGAGAUCAGAAAGACAGAGAAGAACCGCAAGGAGCUGGAGGCUCAGCUUGACGAUGCUAAGGCGGAGGCGUCGAAGGAGAGGAAGCUGAAGGAGCACAGCGAGGUUUACUCCAAACAGCUGGAGACUGAGCUGGAGAGCCUGAAGUCUCAGCAGGGUCGGGGAUCAUCGGCUGGGGGAGCAGAGUCCCAGCAGGAGCUGUCCCGUCUGAAGGCGGAGCUCGAUAAGAAGGUCCUGUUCUACGAAGAGGAGCUGCUGAGGAGAGACUCCACCCACUCCUCCGAGAUCAAGAACCUCCGCAAAGACCUGCACGAAUCCGAGGGGGCCCAGCUCACCGCCAACAAGGAGCUCCUGCAGCUCCGAGACAAGCUGGACAAGGCCAAGAGGGACAGACAGACGGAGAUGGAUGAAGCGGUUUCAGCUUUGAAGGAGAAACAUGAACGAGAGAAAAACCUACUGACAGAAGAAAACCGCAAACUGAACACUGAAACUGACAAGCUGUGUUCGUUUGUGGACAAACUGACGGCUCAGAAUCGUCAGCUGGAGGACGAUCUUCAGGACUUGUCGUCUAAGAAGGAAAGCGUAGCUCACUGGGAGGCUCAGAUCGCAGAGAUCAUCCAGUGGGUGAGUGAUGAGAAGGAUGCUCGAGGUUACCUUCAGGCUCUGGCCACCAAGAUGACGGAGGAGCUGGAAACACUGCGCAGCUCCAGUCUGGGAACAAGACCUCUGCCUGAGUCAGGAGUGUCCACGCCCCCUAAGAAGCCCUGGCCUCCUAUUGGUGGAGACAGGAGGGACCCCCUGUGGAAGGUGCGUCGCAGUCAGAAGUUGGACAUGUCGGCUCGUCUGGAGCUGCAGUCGGCCCUGGACGCUGAGAUCAGAGCCAAACAGCUGGUUCAGGAGGAGCUGCGCAAAGUCAAAGCCACUAACAUCAACCUGGAGAGUAAGCUGAAGGAGUCGGAGGAGAGGAGCAGGGAGAUGGCGGAGCAGAUGGAAAGUCUGAAGAAGGAAAUGGAGGAGAGUCGCUUCCGCUCUGACAAAGGUCUUAAGCUUCCAGACUUCCAGGACUCCAUCUUUGAAUAUUUCAACACGUCUCCUCUGGCUCCUGACCUAACCUUCAGAACCACAGACAUAGACUCCCCCCCCCAGAAAGAGACCACGCCCCCAUCACCAUCGACCGCCUCCGAACACGAGGAAGUUAAAGUAACAUCAGUCCCACCGAGCCCCUGCCCCACAUACCAGAGCUCAGCACUGACAACACCAAAGCCUAAAGCUCACCAGCUGAGUAUCAAGACGUUCUCCAGUCCGACCCAGUGCACCCACUGCACCUCCCUGAUGGUGGGACUCAUCAGGCAGGGAUACGCCUGUGAAGUGUGUUCCUUCAUCUGCCACGUUUCCUGUAAAGACCACGCCCCCUUGGUCUGUCCAAUUCCAGCAGAGCAGGCCAAGAGGCCGCAGGGCAUCGACGUCCAGAGGGGCAUCGGCACAGCCUACAAGGGCUACGUCAGGAUCCCAAAGCCUAGCGGUGUGAAGAAGGGCUGGCAGCGAGCGUACGCCGUGGUCUCCGAUUGUAAACUGUUUCUCUACGACGUCCCAGAGGGAAAGUCCACCCAGCCAGGGGUGAUGGCUAGUCUGGUGUUGGAUCUCAGAGAUGAGGAGUUUUCUGUCAGCUCUGUCUUGGCGUCAGAUGUGAUCCACGCCACCAGGAAGGACAUCCCCUGCAUCUUCAGGGUGACCUCGUCACAGCUGAUCUCGCAGCUCUCCUCUGUGUCUCUGCUGGUGCUGGCGGAGAGCGAAGUGGAGAAGAGGAAGUGGGUCAGGAUCCUGGAGAGUCUGCAGAGCAUCCUGACCAAGAACCUGCUGAAGAACCGUCAGGUCCAUGUCCUGCACGAGGCCUAUGAUGCCUCGCUGCCCAUCAUCAAGACCACGUUGUCUGCUGCUUUGCUCGACCGAGAGAGGAUCGCCCUGGGGACAGAAGAUGGACUCUUUGUGGUGGAGGUCACCAGAGACGUGAUCGUACGAGCAGCAGACAGUAAGAAGGUUUAUCAGAUAGAUUUGAUCCCGAAGGAGAAGAUCAUCGCUUUGCUUUGUGGUCGGAACCGUCACGUUCACCUUCACGGCUGGGGGGCACUAGAGGGCGCGGAGUCCGCCUUUGACAUCAAGCUGACAGAGACUAAAGGCUGCCAGGCUCUGACCACAGGGUUGCUGCGACCCGGAGGCCCAGCUUGUCUACUGGCCGCUGUCAAACGUCAGGUUCAGUGCUACGAGAUCACUCGAGCAAAGCCCAACCACAAGAAGCUGUGGGAGGUGCAGGCUCCAGGCCAGGUGCAGUGGUUGGGUAUGGUUAGGGAGCGGCUGUGUGUCGGUUAUCCUUCUGGUUUUGCUCUGCUGGCCCUGCAGGGGGAGUCGUCCCCCAUUAGCCUUGUGAGCCCAGCGGACCCUUCACUGGCCUUUCUGGCCCAGCAGCCUCUGGAUGCCUUGCACGCCCUGGAGGUGGGCUCCACCGAGCUGCUGCUCUGCUUCAGCCAGCUCGGCAUCUAUGUGGACGGACAAGGCCGCCGCUCCAGAACCCAGGAGCUAAUGUGGCCCGCCACGCCGCUCGCAUGCAGCUCUAACUCUUCCCACCUGACCGUCUACAGUGAAUACGGGGUCGACGUCUUCGAUAUUCAUACAACAGAGUGGGUUCAGACCAUCUCUCUCCGCAAGAUCAGACCUCUGAAUGUUGAAGGGACCUUAAACCUGCUGAGUUCAGAACCUCCUCGUCUGAUUUACUUCAGCAACACUUCAUCAGAGGGAGACCUCACAAUCCCAGACACAUCGGACCACAGCAGGAAGUUGAUGGUUCGAACUCGCAGCAAGAGGAAGUUCCUCUUCAAGGUUCCUGAGGAGGAGCGACUGCAGCAGAGGAGGGAGAUGCUGAGGGAUCCGGAGUUGAGAUCAAAGUUGAUUUCUAAUCCAACGAACUUUAACCACGUGGCUCACAUGGGACCAGGAGACGGCAUGCAGGUCCUCAUGGACCUCCCUCUGGUUGGUGAUGUCGCCUCCCUUUCCCCCUCCCCGUCUCCCUCCCCCUCUUCCUCCUCCUCCCGUCACACCCUCAUUUCUCCCCCCUCGAACUUUGAGCACGUCUAUCACAUGACUUCGGCGUCGGCCGGCGCCUUCUUGCAGAAAGACGCCUCCUCUUCCUCCUCCUCCCAGCAGAGCCUCCUGCAGCCUUCCUCCUCCUCCUCCUCCUCCUCUCCCUCCACCUCCUCUCUGGGAAGGAGUGUGAUGCCAUCCUCUCAGGACGACUCAGUUAAAGAUAAGCCCCGCCCACUGUCCAGUAUCUCCAGGCAACAGAGGAGCAAGACACACAUCACACGCACAGCUUCAGAUUUUGGGGGAGGAGCUUCAUCUCGCAGUAUCUGUGAACCAGACCAGGACCUGGAACGAGAGCCGGACUCGGACUCUACCAAACACUCGACCCCCUCCAACAGCUCCAACCCCAGCAGCCCCCCCAGCCCUAACUCCCCCCACCGCAGCCAGCUCACCCUGGACGGGUUGGACAUGGAGCCCUGAGGCCCCCACCUGAGGGAAGAGGGGCUAAAUGAACCAAUCAGGCUCCACACUGAGAGUUUAAAUUUUACUUGAUGAUUUUAUUUUGGCGGGGUGAGUCUGAGCUUCCUGCUGCUUUUAUAUUUGUUGGAUUUUACCUGCUGGGAAGCCCCGCCACCUGGUUUUAACCUUGCCUCUGCUGACAGUUGCUGUGUGUUUGACCUUUGACCUUUAGUCUGAUUGGCUCUGUGGGACCAAUCACUACUUCUUCUGUAUUAAAUAACUUCCUGUUAAGCUUUAGUGGGCAGGUAGCUGCUGAGCUAACGGUGGCUAACUUCCUGACAGAUGGGAGGUCUCACUCUGAUGAAAAAACACUGUAUGAAUUAAUUUUAAAGUUUUGUUAAAGUUGCACAUCAUCAUGUUGUUGUAGCAGAAAAAUAAUCUUUGAUUUUGUGUCAGUGAUGAUCUUUCCUGUUGAAUCCCCCCCCCAGGCGAGACAGGUGAGGGGGGGUGUACACCUGAACACUACUGCUUUGUUUCUUCCAGAAUCACCAGUUAAAAAAUCUUUGUAAUUAUGAAACAUGUUAGCAGCCAAACAGAAACUCAAUAAAAGAAUCUGAAGAGAA